AUGGGAACGGGUGAGUGGAAUGGAUCGUGUAUUCCGAUGCAAUCAUUCAUCAAGGAUAAGCAUAAUAUUCACGAUGUCACUGCAGACGUUUACGUGAAGACGAUCUUCAUCAUCUUGUACAGUUUUCUCUUCUUAUUUGGCUUAUUGGGAAAUGGCGGUGUUGUCUUAGCGAUGUGCGGGAAUCGUCGCCUUCGAUCAGCGCGAAACAUUUUCCUUCUCAAUCUAAUCAUCACCGAUUUGUUGUUGGUGUUGACGGCGGUGCCAGUGACUCCAUGGUACGCACUAACAAAAGAUUGGCAAUUCGGCUCAGCUAUGUGUCACUUAGUGCCAUUGAGCAAUUCUUGUUCAGUUUUUGUGACGAGUUGGAGUCUCACCGCGAUCUCAAUAGACAAAUUUUUGCAUAUCAUGGAUCCAACAAAGGCGCCUGUUUCGAAAAGACAAGCCUCUUUCAUUACAACUUUUAUUUGGUCAGUCUCGACUCUCAUCAAUUAUCCAUAUUUUCUGAGCUUUGAUCUCGUUGAUGGUGGAUAUUAUGUGAAAGAAGGAGAGGCGCCGUUGUGUGGCAGAUUUUGUGAUGAAACAAAAUGGGCAAGCGAUAGUGCAAGGCAAUUGUAUGGAACGAUUGUCAUGUUGUUGCAGUUUGUCGUCCCAAUGCUGAUCAUUUCUUUCUGCUAUUUUAUGAUUCUCAACAAAGUCGCACGCGAUUCGAUCAUUCAAAACGCUCAAUUCUGUCAUUCUUUAAGCCAAAAGCAACGAAUCGACGCGGUGAAUCGAAAGAAAAGAGUAAACUACAUUCUGAUCGGAAUGGUGGCCACGUUUAUCAUUUGCUGGCUUCCAUUGACCGUUGUAAACAUUUUGAAAGAUUACAAGAAAGAGCCAGAUUUCCUAAAAAAGUCAGCCAUUUUCUUCCCACUUGGCGCUCAUGUGAUCGCGAUGUCACUUGUCCUCUGGAAUCCGCUGCUGUUCUUUUGGUUGACAAGAAAACAAAAGCGACUCAACUUGAGCCGAAUCAUCAACACAUCAGACAUUCUGGGUCAAGUUGGCGGCUAUCUCGUGCGACGAUUUGGUGCAUCGAGCUCAUCGGAAGGAGAAUCUGAGACGGAACCUUCGAAUCCAAUCGGAGCACUUUUAAUGAGAGUGACGUCAUUCGCAAGCAGAAUCUCGAGUCUUCGUCGAUCGACCCGAUCCAGAAGGAGCAGUAAAGCAAACUCGUCAUUCGGAAGCAGUCGCCGUCCCACCUUCACAUCGACUCCUUUCACAACGACUCUCGAUUCGGAGAUUCCGCCAAUCAAUGGACGUCCACUUAUCAUCAAAUCAACUCUUUCUGUUAAUCCAUACGGAGAAAAAGAAAUGCUU